GUAGCUUAGUAAUCAAAAUUUGCUUGGAUGUUUAAAAUUUAUUUAAAUGAAAUGAAAAUAGAACAAGUUUUUUGUUGGCGUAGCGUCAGAUUUUUUUAAAAAUUUUAACUUAACCUAAAUGUUAUAAUAUCUGAUAUGUACCAUACAUUUUAGAUCCUUAGAUUGAAGAACAGGUUUAUUGAAGGAGCUUUGGUCGAGUACCAGCCUUCGUAUCAACCAGUCACUUUGUCAACAACAAAAACAUGACUUGUUGGUUAAAAGGGGACAAUUUUAUUGUUAUUAUCAUUUGUUAAACUAAAUAACUGGUUUUGAAGUAAACAUCUUGCAUUUCACAAAAUCAAUGCAAUUAACUUCUAAAAUUUGUUUAUUUAUUGUGGAAGUUGUAAUACUUUUUGAGAUAUUAGAACAUGUUUGUGAAAUUUAGAAACGUGAGUAUAAAAGAUCAAAGCAAUUUAGAAUAUAGCAUCACAAUCGAAACAAUUUAUCAUAUAGAAGUUACCCCCCAACAAAAUAAACAAUAAUCAAUAUGAAACUCAUCUUUUGCAUUGUGUUACUGAUUGCUGUUGUAGUUGUUAAGGGUGGUGGACCGGUCAUACAGCCAGCAAAACCACAUGCUCCACUGAUAUUGUCACAGCCUAAAGCAAUCCUUUUACCAUUCAAUCCAAAACCAACUUUUCCUACGUACAACCAACUACCGAUAAGAUCUUCAAGGCCCACAAAGCCAUUGGUAACAUUGCAACCACGAAAGGUUGUUCCAGUUGCCCCACGCAAGAAUGUUAUAAUCCAACCAAUCCAGCCACCAGCCCCUCAAUUGGGAGCAUAUUCUCCAUGGUCAGGAUAAACGAAAACAAAAUUCUAAAAUUUGUUAGGUAACGCAUUAAAAAUGAUGUUGUUGAGAUCAAAAUCCUAAUUCAUUUCAAAGAAUGUUAUAAUAAUUGCAUUUCAAGAAAGAGUUCUAGAUGUAUUUACAACUACAGUUGAUGUUAUAAAUUUUGUCUUUAUUUUGUUUGUACAUUUUAAGCGAUAAUACAUAAACUUAACACUUUAUUUGAAAUAAUAUUAAAAACUAAUUUAAUACUGCAUUCACGGUCCUCGUGAUGUUAACGGCACGUUUUUAAACUUAAGUAAUAAAUUUAAUUUAAACCAGAUGGUAGAUUAUAUCAUUUAGUUUA